CGGCUGCCUUGGCGUCGUUCUCGAAAUUUCUGUGGCCAGUGAACUCCCUCUUCCUCUCCCACUCACCCUCUUUUCCUUUUCACCGCUGCGGGGACUUGUGCUAAUUUGCAGUUUUCCUUUUCCUGGCGUGCACAUGGUAGAGACAAGCUGGUGGCUUGCAGACUGCGUCUGGCUGGAGACAGGCAGCGAGCCGAUGGAUAACAACACUCCGGGAGAAUGAUUAUGCAGCAGUUAUUUAAGGAUAGGCUUUUGGGGUAUGGCAGCAUAUGAGCUGAUUCUUCAGUGUGUAGCCUUGGACGCAGCGUGCUGAUUGGAAUCUUCUUGUUCAAAGAUCGGAAAGGAACAGAGGGUUUCCCUUGUUUAACAGUCAGACUCAGCAUCUCAUCAUCUGCUUACCCAGGCCACGCGCUGAAGGCGAGGAGCCAUGGCUGAGGAUAGGAAAGACGAAGCCAAGGCGCCACACUGGACUUCAGGUCAGCUAACAGAGGCCUCUUCACACCCACAUUCACCUGAGAUGAAGGAUCAGGGAGGCGCGAGCGCUGGACUGGUCAGAAGUGCCAAUGGAUUUCCGUACCGAGAGGAGGAGGAGCUGAGGCUGGGCAGCCACGAGCAGCCAGGGACGUAUGCUCAGACCAAAGAGAAUGGCAUCAAUGGAGAGCUGUCAUCAGGGAGCAGGGAGACUGCAGAAGAAGUGUCUGCGAGGAUAGUACAAGUAGUAACAGCUGAAGCUGUAGCAGUCCUGAAAGGUGAACAGGAAAAAGAAGCCCAGCACAAAGAUCAGCCUGGAUCACUACCUUUAGCAGUUGAAGAGUCAGCCAACCUGCCUCCUUCCCCACCUCCAUCACCAGCUUCUGAGCAGACUGGAGUUCUGGAGGAAGAUUUACUUGCAGCCACGAAGAUGGAAUUCCGUGUCCAGGAGGGCACAUGCCCUUUUGCAGCAGAACCAUUAGACACAAAGCAACGUGAAUCUGGGAAGGACAGUAAGACUGUUGAGCAGCCUAAAUAUGAUGCCUUAGUUCCACAGUCAGCAAAAACAGAGACUACAGAUGAAAAGGAUUCAGAGAGCAAAGACAAAGUGCUUUCACCUCCAUCAGAAUGGAUGUUGAAAACUGAUUCACAGAUGAAAGGGGAAGCCAGUUUUGCAGAACCUGCUGCUAAGCCUCCUGCUCCUCAAGAACAAGAGCACUUGUCAUCUCAGCUGCCUGAAGUGAGCAGGGCGGAAGAAAGGACUGCAGGUGUGCCCUCAUCAACCAACCAAGUUAUGGGAAUCAAAUUUGAAGACAACCUCAAAGAUAUCCAGGGUGGUGCCAUCAGCUAUGGGGAAAGUUCUCUAUUGCUACCAGAACCCAAGGCAGAAGCAGCCAAAAGUGAACUUCCUUCAGGCCCAUCUCCUGCUCUCCCCCAGGAGCUUUCACUCAAAGACAGUUUCAAAACACAUCAGGAACCUACUGACCAACUGUUUGCCAAAGAUCUCAGUAAAGAUGAACAGAUCCACAGAGACAGGACAUUAUCUCUCCAGGAAGUCUCAGCAGUAACUGUAGAUGGAUUGAAAACUCCAAGCACCCCAAAAAUCCCUCCAUGGGGAGAGGAAAAGGACUUGACUAAGGAUGAGAGUGAUGAGGAAGAAAGGUACGACUUCUAUGAUAAAGGGGAGGCUCAGCUAUUAGAUGAGCGUAAAAUGACCACAAAAUCAGAAGUUAAGACACCUCCCCCAGACAAAACAGACAUUGAAAAGGAUGGUGAAGCUAAAAAAUUACCUGAUACUCUCAAAGCAGAAAAAGAAACAGACCAAAGUGGGCUCUCAGCAGCAGAUGUGAAAAAGGAGGUGCAGCAAAGCACACAGGUACCCCCAGCUAAGUUAAGCCAUGAACUGAGUCAUGAGAAAACAGCAGAGCACCCUGAUACCGCUCAGUUAUCCAGAGUAACAGAGAAAGCCCCUGAGGCACCAGGUUUAACCACUGAGAAGACUCCUACUCUAGAAGCUUCUCAAGAGAAAGAUGUUAAAAAAGAUACUGAGGAGGAUAAGGCAAGUCUUGCUGCUCCUCAUCAAAUGAAGGAAGAGGAGGAUCAGUCAGGAAUGUCAAAGUAUUUUGAAACCUCUGCUCUGAAAGAGGAAGCCUUCAAAGCAGAUGGUCUGAAACAAAGCAGUGAUUACUAUGAGCUAAGUGACACUAAAGAGAGUAAAUAUGAGCCUUAUCAGAGAGGUCCUCUAAUACCUGAAGAUGAAGAGGAGGAGGAAGAGGAAGAAUUAAAUCAGCAGCAGAAUGUGCAUGCUCGUGAAAUGGGGUACAGUACCCUGGCUCAGAGCUAUACACCAGACACAUCUGAAGAACCCAGUUCUCCAACAGAAAGAAUGUUCACUAUUGACCCCAAAGUCUAUGGGGAUAAGAGAGAACUUCACAGUAAAAAUAAAGAUGACCUAACUCUGAGCAGGAGCUUGGGACUUGGGGGAAGAUCUGCCAUUGAACAGAGAAGUAUGUCUAUUAACUUGCCCAUGUCCUGUCUGGAUUCAAUAGCCCUAGGAUUUAGUUUUGGUCGUGCACACGAUCUUUCUCCCCUCGCUUCAGAUAUUCUAACUAACACUAGUGGAAGUAUGGAUGAAGGUGAUGACUACUUGCCAGCAACCACACCAGCAGUGGAGAAGGCCCCCUGCUUCCCCAUUGAAAGUAGAGAGGAGGAUGAGCACACAGAAGAAGAAAAAGUGACGGUAGAAGAAAAAGUCCAGCCUGAGACCUUGGCUGAACCAUCUUUCCAGGCCAAAGAUUACUACAAAAAUGGGGCUGUCCUGGCUCCUGACCUGCCUGAAAUGUUAGACUUGGCAGGGACAAGAUCUAGAUUAGCCUCUGUGAGUGCAGAUGCUGAGGUGGCACAGAAGAAGCCAGUUCCUGCUGACACUGUUGUGGAAGACAGCAGCACAACCCUGCCACCUGUGACAAAUGAAAACCAUGUAAUUCUGAAAGCUGAAAGCCAGCUGGAAGACUUGGGCUACUGUGUUUUCAAUAAGUACACAGUACCACUCCCCUCCCCAGUUCAGGACAGUGAGAAUUUAACAAGUGAAACCUGUCCCUUCUACGAAGGCACAGACGAAAAACUGAGACGUGGCCUUGCUCCUGACUUGUCUUUAAUAGAAGUGAAGCUGGCAGCUGCUGAAAAAUCAAAAGAAGACUUCCUCAGUGAAAGAGAUUUAGGUCAGCAUGGUGAGUCCACUCUGGUGAGGAACUUUGAAGAGGAGAAAAAAGAGAAACUGGAUACUGUGCUAGAAAAAAGUGAAGAUCAAGUUGACUCUAAAGAGGUCUGUCCCAUUAAAGGAGCAGAACCAGAGAAGACAAGAGCUGAGGCAGUGUUAGAAAGGAAAGAAGAAAGUGUGGCUAGUAAAGUUCAUUUACCUGCUGACACAAUGUAUGACAGAAUUUCUUCUUCAGAGAUAGCAAUAGAAAAGGAUUCUAUUUGUUUGUUGUUGGAGAAGGAGAAGACUCUUAGUGUUGUUCAUGAAAUAGCUGAGAUAGCUGAUAUAGAACUAGAGCCUCCAAUUAAACCAGAUUACAAUGCUAUUAAGCAUGAUAUGGAGGUAGCUGCAAGGAGAGCUGACCAAGAAUAUCAGAGUAAGUUAGACACUAAGAUCAGUGAGGUUGUUUCUCUUCCAUCAGGGAAGGACAAAACCUCUCUUAAAAAAGCGGAGCCUGAACCCAAAGACGCUCAGCAGAAAGAAGAGACCAUCUUCUCCAGAGAAGCAAAGGAUGCAGAUGUACUUUCCAAGACUGAGCCUAGUUAUGCAAAGGACAGCACCAAACUGUCAGAAAUAGAAAUUAAAGAAAAAGUAACUAAGCCGGAUCUGGUACAUCAAGAGGCAGUUGAUAAGGAGGAAUCUUAUGAAUCUAGUGGAGAGCAUGAUCAAGCCCAAGAAAGUUUAAAUGGAGAAUCUGUGAAACCAGAGGAUGUCAAAGCAGAACAACCAAAACCUCCCGUGUCUGGGGAAGAGAUGCCUACACAGCUACCAGCUAAGGGGGCUUCUGUGGAGCCCCUCUUGCCAAAAGCUGAGCCUCUCCAGGAGGAGCCUGCUGAGAUUCAGAUGGAGAGCAUACCACAACUCAUAGAAGGAGCUGAAGAGACUCUUGAUAGAGCUGUGAAACCUACAGAAACCCAAAAGCUGCUGCCAUGUGAACUGGCAGCUGGAGCUCUGAAAGAGGAAGAAUAUGAGGAAGAAGAGGUGGAAGCAGGGCAAGAAGCAAAAGAAGAGGAUAAACAGCAUCUUGCAUCAGAAAUGCCCCCAGAGUUUGGUGAGCCUGCUGCAGAGGAAAUGGGAGCCAAGGGUAGCCCAGAAGCCCUGCCUGAGCUGAAAGGCAUUAUUGAAUCUGUGGUGACAGUGGAGGAUGACUUCAUCACAGUGGUGCAGACAACAGUUGAUGAGGGUGAAUCUGCCUCUCACAGCGUGCGCUUUGCUGCCACUCAGCAGGAAGACAUUGAAACAGGAGACUCCCAGGCUGAGGAGGAGCUGGAUGUUGAAGAAGUGGAGAUUGAGCCCAAGGAAGGCUCCCGAGAGGCUCCUGCUUCACCCCAGAGAGAAGAAAUCCUGCUCACUAACUACAAAACAGAGACGUGUGAUGAUUACAAAGAUGAAACAACAAUUGAUGACUCCAUCAUGGACACAGACAGUCUCUGGGCAGACACUCAAGAUGAUGAUAGGAGCAUCAUGACUGAACAGUUAGAGACUGUUCCUAAAGAGGAGAAAGCAGAAAGAGAAUUGAGAAGAUCAUCUCUUGAUAAGCAUAAAAAAGAGAAACCUUUUAAAACUGGGAGAGGCAGGAUUUCUACUCCUGAAAGGAAAAUAGCUAAAAAGGAACCUAGCACACUCUCCAGAGAUGAAGUGAGAAGGAAAAAAGCAGUGUAUAAGAAAGCUGAACUUGCUAAAAAAACUGAAGUUCAGGGCCACUCUCCCUCCAGGAAAAUAAUUUUAAAACCUGCUAUCAAAUAUACUAGACCAACUCAUCUCUCCUGUGUUAAACGGAAGCAGACAGCAGCAGGUGGUGAAACAAACCAGGCUCCUGCUGUAUUUAAACAAGCAAAGGAAAAACUCUCAGAUGGAGUAAGCAAGAGCCCCGAGAAGCGUUCAUCUCUGCCAAGGCCUUCCUCCAUCCUCCCUCCUCGGCGAGGUGUUUCAGGAGACAGAGACAGAGAGGAGAACUCCCUGUCCCUCACAUCUUCGCUCUCCUCCUCAGUACGACGGACUACCCGAUCAGAGCCAAUUCGUAGCAGAACGGGAAAAAGUGGAACUUCUACCCCCACUACUCCUGGCUCCACUGCCAUCACUCCAGGGACACCACCAAGCUAUGCCUCCCGUACCCCAGGCACUCCAGGGACACCCAGUUACUCCAGAACUCCCCACACUCCUGGGACCCCCAAAUCUGCAAUACUGGUACCUACUGAGAAAAAAGUUGCCAUAAUUCGCACUCCUCCUAAAUCUCCAGCCACUCCAAAGCAGCUACGAGUUAUUAAUCAGCCUCUACCUGACCUCAAGAAUGUCAGGUCCAAAAUUGGGUCAACAGAUAAUAUCAAAUACCAGCCUAAAGGAGGGCAGGUUAGGAUUUUAAACAAGAAGAUCGAUUUUAGCGAUAUUCAGUCCCGGUGUGGUUCCAGAGAUAACAUCAAACAUUCUGCGGGGGGAGGAAAUGUACAAAUUGUAACCAAGAAGAUUGACUUGAGUCAUGUGACUUCUAAGUGUGGCUCGCUCAAGAAUAUCCACCACAAACCAGGAGGUGGGCGUGUGAAAAUUGAGAGUGUGAAACUGGAUUUCAAAGAAAAAGCUCAGGCUAAAGUUGGUUCACUGGAAAAUGCCCACCAUGUACCUGGUGGUGGUAACGUCAAGAUUGACAGCCAGAAGCUGAACUUCAGAGAGCACGCCAAGGCCCGUGUUGACCACGGGGCUGAGAUCAUCACGCAGUCACCGGGCAGGUCCAGCAUGGCCUCGCCACGCAGACUCAGCAACGUCUCAUCCUCCGGAAGCAUCAACCUGCUUGAAUCACCCCAGCUUGCUACCCUUGCUGAAGAUGUCACAGCAGCCCUUGCCAAGCAGGGGUUAUGAAUUUGCUCAUUUUGCAUUGUAUGAAGUAAUAAUAUUUAGGCAUGAGCUCUUGGCAGGAAUGGGCUCAGAGCAGGUGUCACGUUCAUUCUUUACCAUGUCUAAAACUAAGUUACAUCCCAAGACUUGUAGUUACCAUACAGUUUAAAAGAAAAAAACAGAAAAAAAAAAUAAAUUCCAUAGAUGCAGAAAUUGGCCUGACCUCCAUUUACAACAGGAAGACACUGGCUUUAUAUGGGUAUACAGCGGUAUGUUACAUUGGACAAUUAUUGUUGCUCUGCUCUGUCUUGCAUGGAGUACUGUAGUAUGAUAAAAAUGCAUUUUUACCUUUCAUGUGCCUGAAGGCCAUCCACCUCUUUCUGAAGAGCCUUGUUAAUAUCCCAAGAUGCUCAUUUCACAGUUCUUUUGAUAGAUGGGGAAAUAAAAAAGAAAAGUUGCCCAUUGUAAGUUAUUACAGGUUAAAUUAAUGGUCUGCUUACCAGAAGGAAGGGCAUAUAGGGAAAUUCAACUUUAAUUAAAAAAAAAUGUUUCUUUGUAUAAAUGAGUAGAACAAAAGUUGAAUUAAGUUAUUAACAUUUUUUGAACCUGGUUAAUUAUGUCAGUGUAUAGCUGAAAAGCCAAUAAAUUAUUUAAAUAAUAACUAAAAAUACUAGCUGAAAACAUUUGAAUUGUGCUUUGGGAAGUGACGUAAAAAAGCUGCUGAAAGCGAGCGCUCAUACCCCAACAGACUUGUGUCUGAUUAGAAAAGUUGGUUAAGCAGCUAGAUUUGUGUGCAUACCACCAGUUCCACAUUCUUUCCAUCUGUUUGAUACAGUAUUAUAGAUAUAUAUAUUUCUCUGUGGCCAUUUGUGAUACGCCCUCCUCAUAUACUUGAAUAUUCUACUUCUUUAUUCACAGUAUCUGUGUCUCUUGCACCCUUUGGUGUUGCAAUUUUAGGUAUGUAAAAGUAGAUGUUAGCAGGGGUUUUUUUCCCUAUUCAUAAGAAUACAUUUAAAAAAGAUGAAAAUUGUAGCAUGAAGUUGCUUUCUGUAACAACUAAAAGCCGUGACCCUGUUUUAGUGACAGAUGCAAGUCUAUUCUGUGAUGCUAGAAAAAGGAUUCCUUCCUUCUUCCCUUCCUUUCUUCACAAAGAAAUGAUUUUUGUGGGGUCCAGAUGUUUGUCAAAGAGUCUCCAAAGAAGGCUGAGUUUGGACUACGGAUUUUUAAAAAAUCCACAAUAGUUUGGUUCUUUCUUUCGUUCUUUCCUUUCUCUCUUUCUUUCUCUCUCUUUCUCUCUCUCUUUCCUUUCUUUCUUUCCUUUCUCUUUCCCUCCCUUCCUUCCUCAUCUUUUUCUUCAUUCCCAUAGUAACAAUGAAUGUUUGAUUUAUUGUUUUUCUUUUGCUAAAGUUGAAACACAGAAAAAAUAUUAAGAUGUUGUUUCCACUCCUUUAGUGAUGUCUCACAUGUACACUCAGGCACUCAGAUAACAGUGAUAAUCAUAGCAGAGAUGCCUGUAACUAACAAUAUAUGAAUAAAUAAAAAUCAGCUCCCUAGACUGGUUGUCAUAGAGAUUCAUCAAUUAAAUAGGGCAUCUUAAAAUCUGAACAAAGUGGAAUUAUAUGGACUAUAAAAAGUGUAAGAAAAAAUGUGCAUGAAAGAUAAAAGGCAGAUGCACAACCAACAGAUCUAGUGGAGUUACCUGAGAGAACACUGGUGAUGGGGAUGAUCCUCAGCAGCAGAUCAUCACCUGCUGGUGCCCUAUGUACAUGAGACAUGAAGGAAUGAGCAGUUUACAUUCUUGCAGAUUGUUUUAUCUUUUCCUUUUGAAACCUCCUAACUGAACUUUGCACUGUCAGUUGAGCUAUACUUGAUGUAUGUAUUAGGUUAAUGAUGUGGUUUGGAAACUUUCAAUCUGUUCUUUUUCCUUCUUAAUUUUCAUGUGUGUGUGUAUGUAUGUGUGUUGGGGUUUGGUCUGAAAAGUCUCACAGAGAUUUUUAUGUCUGUGGAGAUUCUAAAAAUUAAUGGCACAGGAUUCCCCAUCAUUACAUUCAGGUAGUAAUGCAGUUACUGGUCAGGAAAUAUUCAGUGGGCCAAAGUGGGGUUUUGGCUAAGCUGCUACAGCAGUACAAACACAAAACAGAGUGGUUAAAUCUCUCAGACUUCUGAAUAUGAACUUCUGACAGCCCCACACAUGACAUUUCAGCUCUGCAAAAAGCUUUUUCACACAACAGAGUACCUAACACUGUAAGUCAGUUGUUUCAUAUAAAGGACAGUGAGUUUAGAACCAUCCCAAGUGCAAUUGGAGGAUUCUGAUUUCUGCCUUGUAUUUGUUACACUUCUGCUUAAAGUAAUCCUAAGAAUUCACAUGGAAACAGCGUCAAGUGAGGUGCAAUAAAAUCUUCUUCCCAUUUUUUCAGAAAAACAACAGACAGAAAGGAAAACUGACAGUAUUUGUAUCACUUUGCUCUGAUUAUGCUAUCAAUAAUAUAAAUUAGCUUUGCAGUGGUUUUUCUUUCUAUGCCUUUUGCCAGUGUAGGAGAAAAACUUGGUACUACUGAACCUCUGCUCUCUGAACCCGAGCAGCAUCUCAUGAAAACAGUGUUAAUCUGAGACGCAAGUGUUUUUAUUCUGCUUUUAAAAUUGGCAUACUCUAGAAAAUAAGGCUUAGUUAAUCCACCUAUGAGUCCAAAGUUAGAGUGUGUAACACACCAAGUCAUUUAUUUCAUGCAUUAAAAUGAGCUUUCUUGUUUUGACUGAAGCAAAGACCUUUGUAAUCAUUAUCAUCCUUCCAUAGAAAGAAUCCUAGAAUGCUGUGGAGUUAGAUAAAAAGAAAUUAAGAGUUUUGUGCUUUUGAAUAAUAAUUAAAAAAACCAAGUUAUAUUACAUGACUCUAGAUGUUCACUGAAAAGCUCAUAUUAAUCUUAACUUUCUCAAGAAGAGUGUUCGUUUUAAAAACAACAGUUUGUAAAUAUGUAAUGCCCACUAAAGAAGAUAGAGCCAGCUUCCUGGAAACUGCAUCUGUUGUGUUUCUUUUCCACAGGCAUGUUGAGCCAGCAGGUUUGUUGGGUGCCUGAGACCCAAUUGUGUAACAAAGCAGAGGUAAUCCAGACAAAAGGAAUGGUGAAACCUUGUUUGGGUACCUAGGGGAGCACCCCACAUUUAAUAAUCCAUCGGGUUGUAGAGAUGAAAGAGUGCUUCUGCCUCAUCUGCAGAGUUCUGUUUCUAUGUAACCACAAGCUGAAACAAAUCAAAGUUGAGCAAACCUCUGUCCAGCAAGAGUAAAGGAAAAACUCAACCUGAUGAGGAAAAUUAUGAGCCCACAAGGGCAAUAUAUAUUUUCACUGUACAGCAGUAAAUGGAAUUAAUUAUUCAGUCCUCUGCUAUGGUACAGUAGUAACCUCAUCAUGACUGCUCACACGUCUAAGUUUGCCUAAAUACAUGACUCAAAGGGAGUCAAAAGGCAGCCUGUGUUGGCUACCACAUGAGCAGAAGUUUUUUCCAUGCUGGAAUAAAUACUGUUUGAAACCCAAGUAUAUGUCCCUUCAAAGGCAAAUGCCUUGAAGAGUAGAUCACAUUAGCUGUGAAAAUCAGUGCUGGUAGAUUUCUAGCCUAGGUGUCUGUGAGUUCACUCACUAGUCAGAUUGCUAAAGCAAUUCCCUCUGCAACUCCAGCAAUUCCCACUGCAGGAAGGUAAAUUAGUUUCACACUGGGAAAAGUCAAGCGUAUAAAAGCCACUUCAACUUUAGCAAAGAGAAAAAGCCAACAAGUAAACAUGCUGUUUGCUGGGAUAUCAAGGAAUACAGUCUGCUGUUACAAACCUGUGUUUUUUCUGAUAAUUCUAGAGCCUGUUACCAUAAAAGAGGCAUUUCUUGAAUGGCUGGUGGUAGGUAGUUCAUGUUUUUCAAUCCAAUUUGCAAUUGUAUUUGUUGCUGUAUAGUGAUUGUUUUGCAAAAUAAACUCGCUUGUCAUCUAA